UCAAGUUAUCACACAGCAUCACAUGUAGUAGGCUCGCGUAAAACCCUAGCCGCAGUCACACAGCACCUUUGCAUGUGUCUCACAAGAAGCUAGGCCGGCCGCGCAUGGAGAAUCCGCGCCGGCAUUCCGGCUCCUCAGCGAGCAGGCGGCUGCGCUACCUCCUCGCCCUGGCCGGCGACUACAUCAAGUACCUCUUCAUGAAGCGGCGCCGGCUCAUGCACAAGGUGGCGCGGAGAACGCUCGCGCUCGUCCACCGCCAUGGCGGCGAGCGCAGCAAGAGCCACCGCCACCACCCGUGGCGGCCUCGCGCGCUGACGGAGCACGAGUUCUCGUGCGCCGACAGCCCCAGCCCCGCGUUCCUCGCGGCGAAGAGGCUGCUGCUCCGGUCACGGCUGAAAGGCAGUGGCGCCGCGGCCGCAGCGGCCGGGGCUGUGUCUUCCUGCUUCGGCUCGUUCCGAGCUCAUCCGUUCGGUUCACCCGGCGGCGACGAGACGACGACGGCAUCAGAGACGACAGAGGCUGUGGAAGAGGAGGAUCAGCUGGAGACGGAUCAGGACGAGGAAGAAGAAGAUGAUGAUCAGGUACUACGAGCAGCCGAGGACGGUGGUUGGCUGCAGUGCGGUGAGCUUCUUGACGUGGACGACAGGGCGGAGGAGUUCAUCAACAUGUUCUACGAGCAGCUCAGGGCGCAGAACUUUGCCGCGGUUUUUCAUUACUCGCCAUGAUUAUAUUUGUGGCGUACGUAGCCGCGCGUAUAGAGUGAUCUUGAUCUGGCGAGAUCGUUGUGAUGUGGUUUGGAGGAGCCUUCACUUCUCGAGGAUGCGGUUGUGUGAUGAUCUGUGCAUUUUGAUGUACGGAGAGUGAGUGUGACACAACGACGUAUGUGUUCCAUAUAUAUGUGUCGUAAUUGAGUACCAACCGGGUGUAAUGUAUUGGUGCGCACGUACUUUUAUAUGUUGGUCUAUAUGAACAUAUAUAAAAAAAUAUAUGACACCUUC